CUUGAGGAACCCAUCUGCACCACAGUCCUUGGAAAAACAACAAAAAAUACUCCCUACAAAUUUAACCAACAUCCAACAGCCCGUCGAGCUAACCAGAGCUACAGCAGUCUAGUGGGUAGACCUACUGCAUCGGAUUCCACCAAAGACCUGGAACCGUUCCUCAGGACCUCAAAGCGAGAGCGAAGAAAUCGAUUGGUGUACACAACUUAUAAAAAGAUAUUGGAUAUUGGAUACGAGGUCAUUUACAGAGUCCGGGCGUUUCCCAAAUGUUUUGCAAUUUACCCAAAUCAGCCACAUCUGUUUUUCAAAAGCUUUUACUUUCCAACAAAAGGGUGGACGUUUUAAUCAAGCAGUCAGUGAAUGAUUGAAAUAUCAGAUAUCAAAGGAAUGAAGAGAAUCACUGAACUCGGUUGUACAAAGAGUAAUCAGGAAAUUGAUCGCUACAUAAGUAACCAAUCUUUACGUUUAUCGAAAGCCCAGGAUUGGCUGUUAAAGAAAACUAUGCAUGAACCUAGAGCACCGAUGCUUGUCUCAAGCCUGGAAAUGCAACUUUUAUCCAAUAUAUGCUAUGCAAUAAAUGCCAAGAAAACACUUGACAUCGGAGUUUACACAGGCUAUAGUUCACUGACUAUAGCCGAGGUAUUACCUCCAGAUGGUCGUGUAUUGGCCUUAGACAUAACAGAUAUUUACCUAGAAAACUAUUGUAAACCAGCAUGGAGACAAGCUGGUGUAGAGUCGAAAAUUGACUUUCGGCUUGGUCCAGCUAUUGACACUUUGGAAAAUCUAGUUGCUAGUGGAGAAUGUGAAACAUUUGAUUUUGCAUUCAUUGAUGCUGAUAAAGAGAACUAUAGUAAUUAUUAUGAAUUAUGUGUCAAACUUAUCCGACCACGGGGUAUUAUCGCUAUCGACAAUGAACAACUUCACGGAUGAACAUUUCUUUAAAAAUGUUGUAUAUCUUCUAAUCAGUCGAAAACAAAUGUGUAAGGUAGUAUAACAGUAACGUAACUAAGGUAAAGCGGCAGAAACAUAUGAAUGAAUACUUUGUAAAAUGAAUCAGUUUACUGUAAACGAAUGUGAAAUCAGUGUUUUUACAUACAAUGAUCAGUUUGUAUAGUUUUGCCCUUGAUUUUAAGUCCAGUUAUUAUUGCGAUAACGUGCAGUAUGUUGGCUAGAAGUAUUGCGACAUUUUAUAAAAAGCUAGUCACUGCUUAUGAACAUUAAUUUCAAAUUUAUUUCAGGGACUUCCUUCCAAGAAAUUCGAAAUUAAAACGACCAAGUUAUUCUUAACGAAAUAAAUCAAGUGCACGCGUAAGAUCUAAAACGUAGGGUUUUUCUGAGUCAUGAAAAUGUACUAAUGAGCAAUAGUGACUGAUCUAUGAAAGACGUUGAAUAAUGAGGUAUUGUUGAGAUUAUCACCUUUAAAAGCACCUUAAAGGAAGUUCGUCAACAACGUAAACAGAAAAGCUGUGCCCAAGGUAAACCAGAGGAGAAUAUAGAGACACACGACUUUCUAUGAAGAAGUAAAAGACGUGAUAUCGAUUUUCAAGGCAAAAUAGAGCGUCUGGGGACAACUGAAAGAAGUUCGAUAUGAUCACGAACCAGGAAAGAUACUAAUAUCUUAAAAUGUCACAUGACGAACAAAAUACGAUUAAGGCCGAAACGAACAGUCAAAGCUGUGGACAAGAAAACAUUAUGGAAGAACAUGAAUCACGCUACUCAUUAUUAGAAAGUAGCACAAAGUGUGGCGUU